UGCUUACUAAUACUUCUCACUCACCAAGAUGUUGGAAGAAGAUAAUGAUGAGACAUGUUGGAAUAACCUGGAGAACUUCCGGGUGAAGCUGAUCUCUGUGAUAGAUCCUUCCCGUAUAACACCCUAUCUUCGCCAGUGCAAGGUGAUCAGCCAUGAUGAUGAGGAACAAGUUCUUAAUGACCCCAGCCUGGUCAUGCGCAAACGGAAGGCAGGUGUUCUUCUGGACAUUCUUCAGCGAACAGGACACAAGGGCUUUGAGGCAUUUCUGGAGAGUCUUGAACUUUAUUACCCACAACUGUAUAAGAAAAUAACUGGCAAGGAACCCAGCAGGGUUUUCUCUAUGAUUAUAGACACCGCUGGGGAAUCCGGCUUGAGCCAGCUCCUGAUGAACGAGAUCAUGAAGCUGCAGAGCACCGUGCAGGAGGAGCGGCGGAAGGCCCAGGAGCUCACUGUGUGGCUGCAAACCAAAGAGGACACAAUCAGAGAGAUGUGGGUGAGGGACAGCCUGCUCCGUAAGCACCAAGAGCGGGCGCAGAAGAUGAAGGAGGAGAGGGACAGCCUAAGCAAGGAGCUGCGGAAGUGCAAGGAUGAGAACUACAACCUGGCAAUGAGCUACGCCAAACAGAGUGAGGAGAAGAGUGCUGCCCUCAUGAAGAACCGGGAUCUGAUCCUAGAGAUCGAUCACCUGAAGCACAGCCUCAUGAAGGCUGAGGAUGACUGCAAACUGGAGCGUAAGCACACAAUGAAACUGAAGCAUGCCAUAGAGCAGCGUCCAAGCCAUGAGGUGAUGUGGGAGAUCCAGCAGGAGAAGGAGUUGCUCUUGGCCAAGAAUCAGGAGCUGGAGAACACUCUCCAGCAGGUUGCCAGGGAACAGAAUUUGGAGAAGAGCCUCUCCAAUGAGACUCUGGAGAAUGACUGUAGCCAGAUAAUGGAAGAACGUCGGGAGCUGAUGAACACCAUUUACAGCCUUCGCAAGGAGCUGCGGCAAGCCGAGGUGCUCCAAGACAAAUAUGCAGAGGAAAAAGAGAUGCUUGAACUACAGUGCACGUCUCUGAGGAAGGACUCUCAGAUGUAUAAAAAACGGAUUGAAGCUGUCUUGCAGCAGAUGGAGGAGGUGGCUUCAGAACGAGACCAGGCACUCCUGACCCGAGAACAGUUCUAUAUGCAGUACUCCAAGAACCUGGUUGAGAGGGACGCUUAUCGCAAGCAGAUUCGGGAGCUGGGGGAGCGAUGUGACGAAAUGCAACUGCAGCUGUUCCAAAAGGAGAGUCAGUUACUGGCUACUGAAGCCAAGCUGAAAAGGUUGCAUCUGGAGCUACCCACACCGACCUCUGACCUGGAUGAUACUUCCUCCAGAGAUUCCCAGGAACUUACUCUUCACGGUCAUCUAGAUGAAGAUACACAGCCGACUAAAAACGAUUGCCCUGAAGGGCAAAACCAGCAAUUUAGCACUCGAGAGAGCAGCCUGCCUUCAAAGUCACCAAGUUUCAAGGAGUGUGGCUUAGCCAAUGAGGAACUGGCAGAAAAGGAGCGGAGGAGGAUGAAGGACUGCUUUGAGCGUUACCGAAGAAAAAGAGCAAUGCGAAGGGUACCGAAGGACCGACAUCACGAGGCGGACUGGGAGAACACCAGCGGCAGCGACAACACCGACACCGAAGGCUCCUGAGC